UUCUCUUUCUCCCUCCUUCCCUUCUGUUCCGGUUCCCGUCCAUUGGCUGCUCCUCAGUCGCGAGUUGAGCCUGGCAGAAGCCGCCCUGCAAUUAGGCAGAUGAGGAGCGGAGGGAGAAAGAAGAAGGAGAAGAAGAAGGGCACCGAGGCGUCCUGGCGACGACAACACAGCCUCCGCCCGCGUCCCUUUUCCCAACCGGUUGGGUUUCCUUCCGUUCCGUCUUCGGGAAAACUUUGCACUGAGGACUGAGCCCAGGCUCUGGAGGGAAGGAGCCCAGCUUGCGGUGGGCGAAGGGCACCCCAGAGUCCGAUCCCGGAGAGAAACAACAACAAUAACAACAACAGAGAGCAGCACUUUUCUGCGGAUGUCCCAACCAAGUCCUCCUUGCUCCCAGAGAGAGAAGGCUCCAUGCAGUGGAACUCUGGGCACUCUGCUGCCGGUUUUGUCUUCAGACAGUGAUUCUGGCUGUGCCCUCGAAGAUUACCAGGGACCAGCUUCAGAGGUGUCACCAGACUUUGGUUGUCACUCAUCAGAUGCAAUCCCUACUGCCACGCAGAACCAGCUCCGCAUCAAAACUCUCCUCCAGCAGCUGCCCCCACAAGACAGUGAUGAGCGAUAUUGUUCAUCCAUUGGGGAGGAGGAAAAAGAGCAGCUACGGACAUUUGCUGCACAACGGCGGCAGGAAUCACUGGGGCAAGGAAUCCAAUGUCUGGUAUCACUCACAACUAAUGGGUGCUCAUGUAAAAAGUGUGAUAAGAUGAUACCCAGAGAUGAGAAAGUCAUAUUUGCACCUAAACUGGGAGAGCAAUUCUCCUGGCAUCCUUCCUGUUUUGUCUGCCAUACUUGCCACGAGCCCCUAGUAGAUCUGAUCUACUUCCAUCGGCAUGGAAAGAUUUACUGUGGUCGACACCAUGCAGAAUUUUUCCGACCACGCUGUGCUUCGUGUGAUCAACUCAUUUUCACAUCACAAUGCAUGGAAGCAGAAGGCAUGCGUUGGCAUGAAGAGCACUUCUGCUGCCUGGAGUGUGACUUGCCCCUGGGGGCAUGCCGAUAUGUCAUGAAGGGUGGCCAACCCUGCUGCUGUGCUUGUUUUGAGAGCCUGUAUGCAGACAUCUGCCAAGCCUGCGGAGAGAUCAUUGGGGUUGACAGUGAACAGGCCACCCUCCAGGGUCAGCACUGGCAUGCCAAAACCUCCUGCUUUUGCUGCAGCCUGUGUCAAAAAGCACUGAAAGACCAGCUGGCUAUCACUCACAAUGGCCACCUCUUCUGCUCUGAAGCCUGCAGCUUAGAGAAGGAAUCGGUUUUGUCGUUCAGUGGCUCAGAUUCCUCUGACUCUGCUUUCAUCUCUGCACCGUCACCUGACUCCACACCCCUCACAAGAGUUAGAAACAGUAGCCCCGGCUGUUCCGCUGAAACUGCAGAAACCAGCUGCAUGGAAAUUAAAGGUGCAGAAGCAAUUGAAAACCUUUGCCCAACUGGGAAUUCUCCAGUGGGUCCUGAAUAUGGCAACCAGGAAGAAUCAGACAUUGUCUUCAGGAACAAAAUGUUUUCCGCACAACUUAGUGAAUGUGAGUCAUUGACUGAUUCUCCACAAAAAGUGGUAGAGAUCUCCACAUCUCCUUCCCUAGAAGCUUGGAGCUCCGUAGGUCAGAGGGAGGUCCACAGUUUGGGUGCUACUCUCCUACAAGCACCUCAAGAACAGGUCCGAGACCAUCACUUCAGAAGCAGCCUCUCUAUAUCACCCCGUGCAUCAGUGUUAACCAUGGACUUCCCAGAAAGCCCACUGAAAGGCAGCACGGACGAACAAGAAGCAGCACGGAUGGAACAAGGCGACACUUGGUGCCCAACUUGCUCAUCCUCUUCUGAUUCUGACUCUGAGCCAGAAGGCUUCUUCUUUGGGAAGCCAAUUCCAAAGCCUGGGGCCAGGGGCAUUUCUCUGCCCAAUAUAGAGCAGGAAACACUUGACAAAGUAACACGGCAGGCAGCCAGAGCAAAGGCAGAUAACAAACACUGUAGCAUAGCCUAACAAGGAAUAGUGCCCAUAUAUCUGAAAAGUAGGUUGGAAGACAAGGAGGAGGGUAGUGGGAUGAGCAGACACUUUAUGUAGCAAGAUGGCAUGGAGAGAGUGAGAGGGAGAAUGGAAGACCCAUCUCCCUAUGAGGACAAAGCAAAAGACCCAAUCAAUAUAGGCUAACCCAGGAACAAGUGGGUUCAGGAGACCUGAGAAGCUGGAGUGCCAUAGUCACGGAACUGUAUUUCCUAUCAUCUGUCACUAUUGGCUGUGCCGGGGCUGCUAGAAGUUGCAGGCAAACAAAACCUGAGAGCUAUGCGAUCCUCUCCUUGACGUAGACUGGAAAUUUCUUCAGUUUGUUAGACUUAGUAUUGCAGAGGUUGGGAGAAAGAUCUGUCCAUUCUUACCUGCAAUUUAAAAGAAAGGAAACUACACUUUUAGACAAACAAGCUAAAUUUUCUGCAUGUUUGACAACAAUGGUAUUUGGUUGGGUUUUUUUUUUUAAGUGAAACAAGCUGGGCGUGAAAAGGCUGAUGUGGAUACACAUGAUACGUACUGAACAUGUUCACCUUCAUCUUGCUUUGUGUUCAGUCUAUUAAGUGUGGAAAGUGAGAUAUAGACAGUGACCUUUGGAAUCCAUCCUGGAAAUAUUUCUGCAUAAUCCAUGUAUUCAGUUGUUUCACUUUGUUCCCUAAUUAGUUGUUUUAUGCUGCUCCCUGCUGGCAGCUCUGGGCAUAUUUUAGUACCAACUAAUCCUGAAAUCCAUCAAGAGACAUGGCAGACAUAUAGUUCUGAUAAUGCCAUUCAUGCUUCUGAAAACCUUGAGCUAGAAAAUGUUAUCUUUUGGGACUAUACCUUUGAGAACCCUCCCCUCUCCGUUAGCCAGGCCAUAGUGGCUGGUGGAUUUUGGAAGUACAGUAUAUACAGUGAAGACCUCCAUAUUUGUAGAUCCAGCCACUAUGGCCACAGCUUCUGCUGGAAGACGUAUCCUGUAAUCACCCAUUAGUCCUUGCCUAUUGUGCCAGUGAUCAGAAAAUAAUAGGAGUCAUAGUCUGGAACGUUUGCCAAGGAUGCAAGGAAUUUAAAACAAAGCUAUUCAUUCAAAUUACCUUCUUUCUUCCAAGUUUUGCAUUAACUGACAAGGCUGUUGGGCACUUUGCUUACUACCACGUCAGCCAAUAUGUGUACAAAAGGUGCUAAGAAGACAUAGAUUAACCUUGCCUUUAAUUGCCUUAUUUAAAUAUGUGACUUGACAACCUUGAACAGGUGGCUAAAAGAACAUAAAAACAAUUUUAUUCAGAGCUGACUAUAAGGCAUACUAACAAAUAAAGGCAACUCUAAGA